AUCUAUCCCACUCAUUGUGUUUGUUGCUUAAAGGCUUAAAGCUUGCUCCCCCUCUUCCCUUAUCCUCUCUCUCUCUCAUAUCUAGAGAGAGAAUAUUUUAGAGAGAGAAAAACAAUUCACCCAGCUGCCAGCUCCCAUCUGAAAGGAAUUAGAUAGAGAGAGAGAGACCCACAAGGGAUCAAAUUGAGGGUCAUCUACAGAUGUACUAGCAUAAAAUAUAAUCAUAUAUGAUCAUGGAAGGAGAAAAUGGUAUGUGCAGGCCAAAUUUCCCAUUACAGUUGCUAGAGAAAAAAGAAGAAGAAGAACCAUGUUCUUCAAGCUCCGGCUACCCAUCUCUAGCCAUCUCCGGCGGCGGCGGCGAAUCCAGUCAUCACUUGGUGGACCCUGCAUCCGCGGAGCCUUCUUCCAAGAAGGCUCCACCAAAGAGGACCUCAACAAAAGAUAGACACACCAAGGUGGACGGGAGAGGCCGCCGGAUCCGCAUGCCGGCCACUUGUGCUGCUAGGGUUUUUCAACUCACCAGAGAAUUGGGUCACAAGUCCGAUGGCGAAACUAUCGAGUGGCUGCUCCAGCAGGCGGAGCCCGCCGUGAUCGCAGCCACUGGUACCGGAACCAUUCCCGCCAAUUUCACCUCCCUCAAUAUCUCACUCCGGAGCUCAGGGUCUAGCAUGUCGGCACCUUCACACUUGAGGUCCUCGUACUUUAACCCUAGCUUCACCGCGGCUCAGCUGAGGCCGCGGAGCGAGUGGGAUCGGAGUUUGGACGAUUCGCAGCGUCGGAUUCUGUUUACAGGAAGUGGGUUUUCAUCAGAGAGUUCGAGUUUGAAUUUUCACACCAGUAAUGUGAACAGCAUGUUGCAAGCUAAGCAAGAGUUUCGUGACGCGUGUGUUGUAGCUGCAGCAGAUGAAGCCGAAGCGAGUUUAGGGCGAAAGAGGCGGCAGGCGGAGCAAGAUCUGUCGCUGCAGAAUCAUGUGGGGAGCUAUAUGUUGCAGUCUGCAAGCUCGGGCUCGAUUCCGGCAAGUCAUGGGCAGGUUCCGGCGGUGGCGCCGCUGUGGAUGGUGACAAGCCCUAGUACCAAUCAAGUGAUGGGUGGUGGUGGUGGUGGUCAUGACCCCAUAUGGACAUUACCUUCCCUUGGCAACAGUUCUAAUUUGUAUAGAGGCUCAUCUGUGUCCGCUACUGGGUUGCAUUUUAUGAAUUUUCCUACUUCAAUGACUCUCUUUCAAGGGCAGCAGUUGGGUUCAGGCAUUGGCGGUGGCGGCAGCGGUGGAGGGGUGGUGGCUGACAGCCAAUUAGGCAUGCUGGCGGCUUUCAAUGCGUUUAGGCCGCUUCCGGGUGGCGGUGCUUCGGAGUCUCAGGCAAGUGGCUCUAAUCUGCAUCUUGGAGGAGAUGAUAGGCAUGACACAACUAGUCACCACUCCUAAAUCAUCAAAUUACAAUUAAGUGUAUGGCUUGAUUGAUGCUUUUAUUUUAUAUAUAUAUAUAUAAAUCUAUAUAUAUAUUUGCAACACAAGCUCGGUAUUGAUUGCUUUGAAUUUGAGUUCAGUAUUCCAUUUUGGUGUGAUUAAAUGAGGACCAUUUUUAGGGUUCAUUUGAGAGCUAGAAGUAUAUGAACAAUGAUAUCAAUUUUCAAUGGAUUGGUAUUAAUUUGCUAAUUAAGUCUAGCUCAUUGGGAUUGAGUACUACCAAUAUUAUUAUCUUAAUUGUUAUUGUUUUGUUAA